AAUGAUAACUUUUGUUUUUCUCUUGUUUACUACCUCUUGAAUCCCCAGGAAAGCGCGAAAAUCGAACCACUGUCAAAUAGGGCAUUCUCUGUUACCUCUUACAUGAAGUGGGGUAUUGCCAAUUGCAUUAUGGUAUAGAAUUUUAGCUGUGGGAGCAUUGGAGGUCGGAGUAUAGACAUAUAGGAAUAUUUUUGGUUGAAUAUGGCUGGGAAAAGGCAUAGAAGUCGUUUCAGAAAAACACGGAAAGGAAAAGGGUUUAGUGGGGUUCCUUGGUACGCAAAAUCGGUGGAAAAACCAGUGUUGGAAGAGGAUGAAAUUGCUCGCUCAAAACCGGAGAUGCCCCACGAGAGUCACGAGGAGUUAUUGGAAACAAGUGACAUGGAAGGCUCAGACACGGAGCUUGAUCAACCGGAGAGUGCAUCUAGAAAGAAGAUGAAGCUGUACAACUCCGAAGAUGACAGUUCUGAAAGCUCAGAAAGCGAAACAGAAACUAAGAAAACUAAAUUAGUGGAGGCAGAGGAUGGUUACAGACUGGUCCAUUUGAAGAACUUAUCUUCAGUCCUUUCCAAUGUGCACAGAUGCGAGGAAGGGAAUCUGACUAUUGAAGAGAACACUGGUAGGCGUGCAGGGCUGAUGUCUGAUCUUUCCAUAUGCUGUGAUGGUUGUGAUGAAGACACCACAUUACACACCUCAGUCAACAUCUCCAAAAGAGGAAAGUCAUUUGACGUAAACAGAAGGGCUGUCUACCACUCAAUUGAGACUGGUUGUGGUUACGAAGGACUUGCAUCAUUCUGCAGUAUUAUGAACAUGCCAUGUCUGUCUAAGAGGGCCUAUUACAAGCAGGUGGAGACUAUUUUAGAUGUCUUAGAAAGUGUGACCAAAGAAGAACUCUUGAGUGCAGGCCAGAAGCUUCGAAAGCUUAUCACGGAGGAGAAUGGAGAGUCUGAUACUGGAAAUGUUAUAGAUGCGGCAGUAAGUUUUGAUGGCACGUGGGCCAAAAGGGGCUUCACCUCAUUGACAGGUGUGGUUUUUGUGGUUUCAGUGGACACAGGUGAGGUACUAGAUUACCAUGUUUUGUCAAAAGCAUGUCAAAAGUGUGCAUUGAAGAAAAGUCAGUGUGAAGACGACAAUGAGCGAUUUGAAGAGUGGAGAAGAGAACAUUUGGCAUUCGGGGAAUGCGAUAUAAAUUUUAAAGGGAGUUCACCAGUAAUGGAAGCUGAGGGAGCUGAAAUUCUGUGGAAGAGAUCCAUAGAGCUGCAUAACAUUCGGUAC